CCAUUCUGGGCCAGAGCCUCUCUGUACACUGACAGUUUGGAAAGAGGGAUUGAGCUCUUCCGUAUUUCUAAAGGGAGGAACAAGAUACCCGACUGCAAAAGAAUUUCAAAAGGAAUGACUUGGAAGAGAAACUUACUACAUAGAGUCGCGGUGAUGGCCUCCACAGUCAAAGGAAACUGAAGUCUAAGGGGGGAGGAGGGAGUAUCAGCACAGCACACAGAGGAAACAGGAUUUUUGCAUGUGUGAGUGUGAGUGAGUAUGAGCGCUUGCCCGUGUGUGUGUGUGUGUUUGCAUGUAAGAAUGAGUGUAUGUGUGAGUGUGUGAGGAUGAGUGCGUGCCUUGAUUUGUGAGGAAGAGCUUUUGGGAUAAAGAAGCUGCGAAUAACUUCCUCUGAUGACAUUGGACUCCAAAUCAACCUACCCACCUCGAGAAGCUGUUGGCACCUCCUCCCUCACUGCUUGGCCCUGCCGGUGGCACCUAGUGGACCCACCGCCCCACCACCAACAUGCUGCAGCAGAUCCUAAAGGACAUGUACAUCGACCCGGAUGUGCUGAACGCCCUGAAUGAAGACCAGAAGAAGACCCUGUUCCUGAAAAUGCGGCAGGAGCAGGUUCGACGCUGGAAAGAGCGGGAGGAGAAACUGGAGAGAGAAGGGGGGAACGCCGAGUCCAAGAAGACAAAGCCAAAGACAGCCAACAGUAAGAGUGUGAGCUGGCUGCUUGGCAGGGAUGGAGACGUGGCGGUCAUCGUGAUUGGAGAGGUGGACGAGCUAAAGACCUCCAAAAUCAUCAGCUCAGGGUUUGCAGAAAAGAAGACCCCAAGUCUUCAGAAUAAUGAUUGCCAUCAGAAAACUAUCUUGAAGAGCAAUUUGGUACACAGAAAAAACACAGAACCUGCCAGGACUGAACGGGAGAACCUCCCUCCUGCAACACAACAACCUGGAAUACCACUUAAUUUAAAGGGGAAAUGUGAGGAAGUGGGCAGUUUACUCCCUCUGCAGGUGUCAGUGAGUGAGCACGCAUCACCUCCAGCAGCAGAGAAGCCUGAGUUAAAGUCAGGCAGUGCUACUGAGGAGAAGGCAGCUCCCCAGCCCUCCAUCUGCUCCAGACCUCCCAUGAGAGUGAGCCAUAUCAACGUGAGACCAGCUUCUGCAAACGCAGGGCUGGCCUCUGCAAACACGAGACCCGGUCUUGCACAUCUGAAGCUGGCCACUGCCACGACAUCCCCUGUUCCCAGCAGCACUGCCAAAACGGACUCUGGACUAAAAUCACCCACCACAGCUGGCUUCCACAAACAGGAACCCCAGAGGCCCCAGGAGUCACAAGGUGGCAAAGAUGUCCAUGUGGCCGAGGCACCUCGGGGAGCCACAUCUGAGGAGGCCAGAUCAGCAGGGAGCGCGGCGACCUGCGCGGGGCGUGGCCGGGUGGCUCAGCUCAUGAAAACCUUCAGCGUCGAAAGCCCAACGCCCCCCGCACAGACCCCAUCCCGCAGCAACAAGCCCCCUAUUCCCAGCAAACCUAACCACUUGCGUGUGAUGACCACACCCUCUGUAAGGUAAUGCACACACUGCAGUGAGCACAUCACCCAGCCGACUCCACGGAUCCCCGUGCUUUAAUAAACGCCACACUGGACACUGGCGCACACCCAGCGUGGAGCCUAAGCCAGCAGGUUAAUGGGAUGGGCUUCUCCACAGGUGGUUCUCAGAAAUGGUAAUACUCUCACCAUUGCAAUCACUCCCAAAGAAAUGCAAUGAAAAUGUCCUGCUUGAAUGUUAGGGUUUUCUUUAUUUUAUAGUACUGUAAACACUCGCUGUGGGAAUGAAAUUCCAAAGCAAUUGAUUGCAAUUGAAUUUUGUCUUUGCAUCACUUACACCCCCUCUACUUUUUAUGUAUUUGCCAGGGACCUGAUGACUAUCAUGUAUUCACUUGCUGAUUAUGCUUUCCAAACUUUGUGCAACAUGUGGAUAAAUAACCUCUCUUUUUAACAUGUGUUUUUUAAAUCUUAUUUUCAAAGCCUGUACACUCAAGAUGUUUACUCACAAGUCAUUCAUGCGACGGUCUGCAUUAACUAAUAUGCAGAAAGCAUUGUGCUUCUUUUGUUUUGUUUUGUUUUUUUUUUGUUUGUUUUUUUUUUUCUUCAAUUUUUAGACAAGCUCUUCAUUUCUGUGUUGAACAAAUGAAUGGGUAUAGACAGGCAAAACAUUGUGGAAUAGGGUACAGUAGGGUCCUCCUUCAUCCUGCUGUCUCCUCCCUGGGAAUAGCAUAUAGGCUUGUUUACUUGUCACAGUGCAAUGUAUGUUUUCCUCUGCCACCUGGCAAUAGCCUCGCUGCGACCUGUUGUGGACCAGUGACAGUGCCAAAUGCCUCGUCUGUCUCUCCCAGCGGAUCAAACCCUGGCAAGUUAGACAGUUGCUGCCAAAUAAUCAUGCUCAGCUCUGUGUUGCUCUUCCAUUAUUGUUCUCCAUUUUCUCAGUAUUCUGCUUUACUGAUAUGUGUGGUUGUACUUUGAGUGUUUUUUAUACUUUCUGCAGGGAGAAAGAUGUUUUGUAAUGGGAUAUUUAACACUACUAAGAUGCUCAUGUGUAAUACUGAGUGACAUCUGUGUUGUCUGUGAUGUCAAGCUUUUAUGGUGCAAUGAAAGAGACAAUAAAAACAUACAACAUAACCUGUGCA